GAGGUAACAAUGUGCGGAUCCCAACAACAAACCAGCGGCUCCUGCGGGGGUAGCGCUACAUUUAGAUUAGUGAAUUUUUAGGGAUGAUAUGAAAACUAGGAUCAGUUUAUGUAGUGUGAUGUAUAUUAGAAAGUAAGUGGGUUAAGUAAGAAAGGAAGGUGUUAUGGGAUACACCUGUGUGGCUACACCCUGUGUUUUUUGUAUAUAGGUAGAAUGUUUGUUGUAAAUCAUUACACAGAGCUUGAUGAAGAGCAUGGAAUGCUUGAAACUGAACAGUAGCUGUUAUGUUACAUGUUAUGAAGAUACUUCAGUAAAACUUUUUGCAUUGGAGAUCGUGUCCUGUCUUUUCUUCUAUUCAAGUAUUCGUGGAUCAUUGGGAGCCCACCUUGACACUGCUCCAGGAAUUACACAGGUAUGAAAUGAAGCCAGCACAGUCAUCAUCACGUUCUCAUUAUUUCACUAUAUUUCUCAUCCAAACUUUAGUUGCCUUUAUAUUAUUCAGUUAUAAUCAUAUUAGUAAUAAACCUAUCAGAAAUGAGGUAUCCCUCAUGACCAACUGCACUGAUUCUGCAGCUCCCUCCAAGCCUGAAUUGAUUUUCACUGUCUUGUUAUGGACGUGGCCUUUUGGUGGCCAGUUCCAUUUAGACGAGUGUCCAAAACCCUUUGGUACUAAAUGCCUGCUUACGGCCAACCGUAGCUUAUAUAACACAGCAAAUGCAGUCAUUAUUCAUCACAGGGAUGUAUGUCAAUCCAGACAGCAGAUGCCACAGAUGCCAAGGCCUGAAGGACAAUAUUGGGUGUGGUUUACUUUGGAAUCUCCAAGUCAUAAUCCAAACCUGCACUUCAUGGACAAACUCAUCAACCUCACUAUGUCCUACCGCAGUGACUCUGAUAUCUAUACUCCUUAUGGAUGGUUAGAACGGAAUGAAGUUGCUGCUAAUUAUACAAUCCCAAAAAAGUCUCAUCUGGUGGCUUGGCUUGUCAGUAACUGGAACCCCAAUUCCAGACGGGUCAAGUUUUAUAAUGACUUAAAGAAUUAUAUACUAAUAGAUAUUUAUGGUCAACAACAUCUCCCUUUAGCCAGGGAUAAAACAAUUACAGUUGUCUCUAAAUAUAAGUUCUACUUUGCCUUUGAGAACUCAAUACAUACAGACUAUAUAACAGAAAAACUGUGGAGUAAUGCAUUUCAUUCGGGAUGUGUCCCCGUGGUUCUCGGCCCACCCCGAGAAAACUAUGAGAGAUUUAUUCCAUCUGAUUCAUUCAUUCAUGUGGACGACUUUGCCAAUGCAAAAGAGCUGGCUUCCUACCUGCUUGAACUGGACAAAAAUGAUCAGAAAUACCAGGAAUACUUCAAAUGGAGAGAAAAACUGAAGCCAGUGGAAGAUGUUUCUUGGAUUGUGCAUUACUGCAAAGCAUGUGUAGAACUACAAACUGCCCCUUCGUAUAGAACCAUAUCAAGUCUUGGUAAAUGGUUCACAUGACAAAUGGAAUAUAUUAUUUCUGGAAAAAAAAAAA